AGUCACACUAUCAUUCCAUUCACAGCAAAGAAGAAACCCUAACGCCGCAGUGCUCAUCGAGUUCUUUCCUCCAAAGCGAAGAUGCAGAUCUUCGUCAAAACCCUAACGGGUAAAACAAUCACCCUUGAGGUUGAAUCUUCCGACACAAUCGACAAUGUGGAAGCCAAGAUCCAAGACAAGGAAGGAAUUCCCCCAGACCAGCAGCGUCUGAUUUUCGCCGGAAAGCAGCUCGAGGACGGCCGAACCCUAGCCGAUUACAACAUCCAGAAGGAGUCGACUCUUCAUCUCGUGCUCCGUCUACGUGGUGGUGCUAAGAAGAGGAAGAAGAAGACUUACACUAAGCCUAAGAAGAUUAAGCACAAGAAGAAGAAGGUUAAGCUCGCUGUACUUCAGUUUUACAAGGUGGAUGAUUCUGGAAAAGUUCAGAGGCUUCGUAAGGAGUGUCCUAAUGCUGAGUGUGGUGCUGGAACUUUCAUGGCUAACCACUUUGACCGUCACUACUGUGGUAAGUGUGGGCUCACCUAUGUUUACAACAAGGCCGGCGCCGAUUGAUCCCUAUGUUUAGCUCUGUUUUAAUGCUCUCGUCAAUUUUAUCUUUUUGUCGAACGGUAAUUUAGUAUGGAUUUUCCCUUUAAAAUUAUGUGGCAACCUUGGGAUUGUUGAGUUAUUUAACAGUUUUUGCUUAUUGUUAAAGUUUUAGAUUAUUAUCUCAAUUUUUAUA